CCUUCUUGGCUGGGCCGGACGAGCCCGAGUGCGUGUCGGCCUGGCGCUUGGACGAGGGAGACAUGGGAUGGUGCAGGUGGAAAGAUUUGGUGUGAUCCUGAACAAACGCAGAUCGUCGUCUCGGCAGAGCAGGGAUGGUGGAUGGGCUGGGUGGGUGGUGCGUCAUCGCAAGAAAACGAGGCCGGUUCGAUCCGGCAAGGUGAGCAACGAUGACAGCGCCACACGGGCGCGCACCGGGCGCGCACCAGGCGCUAUUCAUAGGCCAGGCGCCAAACCUCUGGCUGGCUCCUGCGCUGGCCGGCCGCUUUGCCAUCAUCACAAUCAGCAGCACCACCAUCGUCGGAGAUCGGCGUCGCCGGGGCCAGCAACAGCUGUAUCGACUGCAUCAACUCCAGCACCACUCGAUCCAUCUCCGGACAAUGACCGGCACCCAAAUCAACCUCAUCUCCCAGAACGGCGAUGUCUUUUCAAUCGAUGUCAAUAUCAUCCGCCGGUCGGCGCUCAUCAAAAACAUGAUUGAAGACGUUGGGCAGGAUGAGACGCCCAUCCCCCUGGCCAACGUCAGCUCCAGCGUCCUCAAGAAGGUCAUCGAGUUUUGCACACACCACCAAAAUGACCCUCUACCCGAGCCUUCGACCGCAGCUGCCCCAAGCACAGGCACAUCAGAAGCUGCAGCCAUCAUCGGAGCAACCACUUCUGUCGCAGGCACGCAUUCAAAGGACAGGACCUUCUACCCGCCAGGCACCCUCAACACGAUCGACCCAUGGGACGAAUCCUUUCUGAGCUUGCCCGAGGCCGAGCUGUUUGAGAUUCUGCUAGCGGCCAACUACCUCGAAAUCAAGGACCUGCUCGACGUUUGCUGCAAAUACGUCGCCAACAUGGUCGCCGGAAAGUCCAUCAGGGAGAUCCGCGACCGGUUCAACAUCCCCCACGAUGACGACAUCAUUCCAUAGUCGCACAUAGUCGCCCACAAGGUUACCCCCAUCCUCCUCCCUCGCACCCACUGCUGUUGCAGUGUAUCGAUACUUACUCUUUAGAGCGUCCACAUAUGAACCAAAGUGCAACAGAACAUCGCGUAUUGGAGACUGUCUGAAGCUUCAUGGCUGUUUUACAGUCAAUGCAAUAAAAACAAGGGACGCCCAUAUUUUUGAUCAACAACCACAGCUU